AAAAAGUUUCGAGAUGAUGCUCUCGCACGCCCCGCCGUGAUAAGUAGGCAGCCUUGAGGCCACAAUAUUGCUGGUACCUCCACAAUGAAGACUGAUUUCCAGUUCUCAAAUUUGCUCGGAACCGUCUACAGCAGAGGCAAUCUGCUGUUCACACCAGAUGGAACAUGUCUGCUGUCGCCGGUCGGUAAUAGGGUGACCGUUUUUGAUCUCGUCAACUCCAAAUCGUACACCCUUCCCUUUGCGCACCGAACGAACAUUGCCCGCCUGGCGCUCAACCCUCGCGGCAACCUGCUCCUCUCUGUCGACGAGAACGGACGCGCGAUUCUUACAAACAUACCACGCCGAGUCGUCCUCUACCACUUUUCUCUCCGCGGCGAAGUCACCGCCCUCGCUUUUGCGCCGUCCGGGCGGCACUUCGCGGUUGGCAUUGGCAGGCAAAUUGAAGUAUGGCAUACACCAUCGACACCAGAUGUUGCGGAGGGCGACCUGGAAUUUGCGCCUUUCGUGCGACACCGCAUGUACACAGGACACUAUGACGCUGUCCAGAGCAUUGAGUGGUCAAGCGAUUCAAGAUUUUUCCUCAGUGCAUCCAAGGACCUGACAGCACGGAUAUGGAGUGUCGAUGAAGAGGAGGGCUCUGCACAAACUACACUUGGAGGCCACAGGCAAGCUAUUGUAGGCGCAUGGUUCUCGAAGGACCAAGAGACGAUCUAUACGGUCAGCAAGGAUGGUGCGUUGUUCAUGUGGAAAUACAUGCUUCGAUACGAUGCACCAGACGAUGCCGACGAGGAAGAUGACGACAACCUUCAGUGGGGUAUUGCUGAGCGACACUUCUUCAACCAGAACAACGCACACGUUACAUGCGCUGGUUUCCAUGCGCAAUCGAAAUUACUGGUCACUGGCUUCUCGAAUGGCACCUUUUUCAUCCACGAACUCCCCGAGUUUGCGCAGAUUCAGAGUCUGAGCAUAUCGCAAAACGACAUCGACUAUGUUGCGAUCAAUAAUACUGGAGAGUGGCUUGCAUUCGGUGCUUCAAAGCUGGGGCAGCUGCUAGUUUGGGAAUGGCAGUCCGAGUCGUACGUUCUGAAGCAGCAGGGCCACUUUGACUCGAUGAACACAAUCGCGUACUCGCCUGAAGGCCAACGGAUCAUAACAGCAGCUGAUGACGGCAAGAUCAAGGUGUGGGACGUGAACUCCGGAUUUUGUGUUGUAACAUUCACGGAACACAUGGGUGGUGUAACAGCCUGCGAGUUUGCAAAGAGGGGCAAUGUCCUGUUCACAGCAAGUCUGGACGGAUCAGUAAGAGCAUGGGACUUGAUCAGGUACCGUAAUUUCCGCACAUUUACAGCACCAUCGAGGUUAUCAUUCUCAUCGCUAGCGGUCGACCCCAGCGGCGAGGUUAUCUGCGCCGGCUCGCUCGACACAUCCGAUAUCCACAUUUGGUCUGUCCAGACUGGGCAACUUCUCGAUACUCUUUCUGGCCACGAAGGGCCGGUGUCGACGUUGGCGUUUUCUCCAGAUGCAUCGACACUUGUUAGUGGAAGUUGGGACAAAACUGUUCGUGUCUGGAACAUCUUCGCACGCACACAGACCAGCGAGCCGCUGCAGCUGAUGGCGGAUGUCCUUUCCGUUGCCUUCCGCCCCGACUCGAAGCAAAUAGCUGUCACUACCCUUGAUGGCCAACUGACUUUCUGGAACGUGUCUGAUGCCGCGCAAGAGAAUGGUGUUGAUGGCCGUCGCGAUGUCUCUGGUGGGCGAAAGAUGUCAGAUCGUCGCACAGCAGCCAACGUUGCUGGUACCAAGUCUUUCACCACAGUCAGGUACAGCGCAGACGGCUCAUGCGUUCUUGCUGGUGGCAACAGCAAAUACAUUUGUCUUUACGAUGUGCAGUCUGGUGUCUUGCUGAAGAGGUUCACUGUAUCCGUCAACCUCUCGCUGGAUGGCACACAGGAGUUCCUCAACAGCAAGUUGUUGACAGACGCAGGGCCACAAGGCCUCAUCGAUGAGACUGGUGAAGCUUCAGAUAUCGAAGACCGCCGCGACACCACACUACCUGGCGCACAGAAGGGUGUCGGCGCAAGAAAAACGCGCCCCGAAGUCAGAGUGCCCGCAGUAGCAUUUUCGCCAACAGGACGAGCAUUCUGCGCGGCUUCGACAGAAGGACUCCUCAUCUACUCACUCGACAACGUCUUCCAGUUCGACCCCUUCGAUCUUGACAUCAACGUUACACCUUCCACAACUUUCGAGACUCUUGCGCAACAAGAGUACCUGAAGGCACUUGUCAUGGCUUUCCGUCUCAAUGAGCGCAACCUCAUUCGCCGUGUCUAUGAAGCCACGCCAGUUGAAGACAUUCCUCUUGUUGUCAAAGAGCUACCAGCAGUCUACCUUGGUCGGUUACUGCGCUUCGUUGCAGUUCAGGCUGACGAGUCACCACAUCUUGAAUUCAAUCUUGUUUGGAUAGAAUCCCUUCUCAGCAAACAUGGACGAUGGAUGAAGGACAACAAGAGCGGUCUCGAAGCUGAAUUACGCAGUGUAGAGAAGGCCGUCAAGCGGAUACAAACAGAACUUGCAAGACUGGCAGAUGAAAACAUCUACCGGAUAGAAUACCUACUCGCACAGCCAGUUGAGACAGUCGAGAAGUCUCGAGAGCUUGACUUUGAGGUCAAGUCGAUAGGCAACAGCGUUGUUGAUGAAGAGAUGAUAGAUGGCGAAGAUGACGAGGAUGAGGGAGGGUGGGAGGGCUUUGAAUAAUCACGUCAAAUAGAUUUAAAAGCC